AUGGCUCUCUUUCCUUCAUUAUCUAGUCAAGAAUUACACCUUGAAGCCUUAGAUGCAUCUUAUUCGCGAGGAAAGACCUCUUUUCUUGCCCCAGAACAACGAUAUGUUGCAACCUGUGAUAAAUACCCUAGGGUUUGUGCUGCAAAGGGCAGUCGAGGGCCAGAUUGUUGCAAAAAACAAUGUGUGAACGUCCUCAAUGAUAGAUCCAAUUGUGGGAAAUGUGGUAAGAAGUGCAAGUACUCUGAGAGAUGCUGCCAAGGGUGGUGUGUGGACAUAUAUGUUAACAAGAAGCAUUGUGGCAAGUGCAACAAUGAAUGCGAGGGGGAAUUGAAACCUGGAAGGAGUAUGCCAACAUGGCUAGGACCACUUUUGAAGAAGACUUUCUUUGGGGAAUGUUUGGUGCAUGAUGGACUUCAAAAGAAUGAAAGGAGCAAGUACUGUAUUACAUGUGAUUCUGAUUUAUGCAGGUAUUGCAUCUCUACAAACAAACACAAUGAUCAUGACCAGCUAAAGAUUUAUCGACAUGUUUACAAAGACGUUGUUCCUCUCGAGCAGAUGAAGAAGUAUAUUGACUGCAAACUAAUUCAGACAUACAAAUGCAACAAGAAAUGGAUAAUUGCCUUGAAUCCUCUGCCACAUUCUGGGUCUGGCUCUUUAAUUGCUGGAGAUCCUACUUGUCUCACUUGCAAAAGGAGAUUGCAUGACCCUGAACGGUUUCAAUUCUGUAGCAUUGCUUGCCAGGUACUUUUCUCUCCCUCCGUUUCAAAUUUAGUGGUUGUUUGGCGAUGA